AUGACGAGCAUAAUCAUGGGUAACUGUUUGAGAAGAUCAACUACAGACGAUAUUUCCUUGCUGAGGGGCAGUGAUAGUGUUAGAGAAUCCUCGUCUGACCAAUUGGGACCCCCAGCAUAUCAGGAAACCCUCCCGAUACAAGCAGCUUCUCCUGUAUACCACCCGUCUCCUAGUGUAACCCGUUCAGUCACGCAAUUGACGGAGGAAGAACAGGUGAAGAUUGCGAAAAGGAUCGGUCUUAUUCAACAUCUUCCGACAGGAACUUAUGAUGGAUGCAAGAAGGCUAGGGAAUGUGUAAUUUGUAUGGGUGAAUUUUUAGUCGGUGAUGCAUUACGCUAUCUUCCUUGCAUGCACACGUAUCAUAUGGCAUGCAUCGAUGAUUGGCUGAUGAGAAGUCUUACUUGUCCUAGCUGCUUGGAGCCUGUAGAUGCUGCCUUGCUCACUAGUUACGAGACCAAUUGA